CAGAGACAGGGAGAGAUGUCUGGGUGAAUGUCGCUGAUAGCAGAGCAGAGUGGAAGGAUAUCCUCCUCAGACGCAUUAGAAGACUGCGACAAGAAUGGACCGAUCAAAGCCACAGGUGGAGGUGUUCCACUACAGGAACAAGGAACAGUCCUCCUCCCUCCUGCUGCAGCUGAACCGUCUGAGACAGGACAGGAUCCUUACUGACGUGCUGCUCUGUUCAGAUAACACAGAGAUCCCCUGCCACCGUAACGUCCUGGCCUCUAGCAGUCCUUACUUCACAGCCAUGUUCUGUCACCACUUCAGAGAGGCAAACCAGCACAAGGUGGAUCUCAAGGGGAUCACCUCCAGCAUCCUGAGUGACAUCGUGGACUACGUCUACACAGGGCUCAUCACCAUCACCAUGGAGAUAGUGCUGCCCCUUAUGCAGGCUUCCUCCAUGCUCCAGUACACCAGGCUGUUCGAGGCCUGCUCCUCUUUCCUGCAGGAGCAGCUGAGCCCAGACAACUGUCUCAGUAUGAUCCGGCUGUCAGACAUAUUACACUGCAGCAGCCUGAAGGAAAAGGCCAGGGAGAUGGCAGUCCAGAGCUUCUCUGACGUCUCUACCUCUGAGGACCUGUGUGAGCUCUCCUUACCUGAGCUGAUGGGUUACCUGGAGGAUGACUGGCUCUGUGCCGAGGAGGAGCAGGUGUUCGAGACUUUACUGGCGUGGAUCCACCACGACCCGUUCUCCCGGCGCGGCGCCAUCUCCGACCUCUUCAGGAAGGUGCGUCUGCGUUACAUCCAUCCCACCUACCUGUUCCAGUUCAUCGCCAGCGACCCCCUCGUCCAGUCCUCCACCCUGUGCACCGAGGUCAUCGAGUCCGUCCGACGCCUCAUGUUCUCCAUCACUACCAAGUGUGGGUCGGACCUCAAGCCCCUGUGGGUGACGCCGCGGCGCUUCACCUGCCGGGAGACGCUGGUUCUAGUUGGCGGCCGCAAGAACAACGAGCAGACGUCUCGCGAAGCACUCCUGUUCGACGAGAGGACUCAGCGCUGGCAGUGGCUGGCCAAGCUGCCCUUACGACUCUAUAAGGCCUCCUACGUCUGUAUCCACAGUAUCCUGUAUGUUCUGGGAGGCCUCACCAUGAACACCAAGCACAGAGUGGUUAGCACCACUGUCUAUACGUUGUCUCUGAAGACUAACCAGUGGAGGACGACCGAGCCCAUGAUCCAGCCUCGCUUCGCCCACCAGUCUGUCUCCUACCUGCACUUUAUCUUCGUCCUGGGUGGCCUGGGGCCGGAGAAGCAGGUGUGUGACACGGUGGAAAGGUACAAUAGUAUGUUCAACCAAUGGGAGGCUAUGGUUCCCAUGCCGACGGCCGUGCUACACCCGGCGGUUGCCGCUAACGAUCAAAGGAUCUACAUGUUUGGGGGAGAGGACGCGAUGCAAAACCCUGUCAGAAUGAUACAGGUGUAUCACAUUGGCAGGAAUAUGUGGUCUAUGAUGGAGACCAGGACAGUGAAGAACGUUUCUGCACCAGCAGCUGUCAUCGAUGACAAGAUCUACAUUAUCGGAGGCUACACCAGAAGAAUGAUAGCGUACGACACCAAAGCCAACCGCUUUAUGAAGUGUGAGAACCUGAAGCAGAGGAGGAUGCAUCACGCCGUCACAGUGCUCGACGACAAACUGUACGUGACCGGAGGGCGCUUCAUCAACGGACAUGACGUCAUAGAGGACUCCGACAGCUUCGAGUGCUACGACCCGAAGACUGACGCGUGGACGACUAAAGGGACGUUGCCGUACAAGCUGUUCGACCACGGUUCUCUGUCCCUGGUGUGUGUCUCCAACACAUCGAAGCCUCCCUGAGUGUGUGUUGUGGGUGUGUGUGUGUCCCCUUCGGAUGAUACUCUGCCCCUACC